UUUGCAUUUAAAUUUAGAUAUUUUCUAUUUUCUUUCUUAUGUUGGCAGAACACCAUACCCAAUUGGGUGAGGGAUCACCGGGUGCACCACAAAUUUACCGAGACCGACGCAGACCCACAUAACGCCAAGAGAGGAUUUUUCUUCGCUCACGUGGGCUGGCUUAUGCAACGCAAGCACCCGGAGGUGCUGCGGCAAGGUGCUAAAGUGAACAUUAGUGAUGUCUUAGCUGAUCCUGUUGUCCAGUGGCACCAACGCUACUUUUGGCCCCUCAAGCUAAUUUUUGCCCUUUUGGUCCCCUUGCUAAUCCCUGUCUACUGCUGGAACGAGACGUGGAUCAUAUCCUUGUCGGCUACCCUUUGCCGCACUGUCGGGCUCUUAAACGUCACGUGGCUCGUCAACAGUGCUGCGCACAUUUACGGUUCAAGACCUUACGACACGCAAAUCAACGCAUCCGAAAAUUUCUUUGUAUCUUUUCUUUCAAUUGGUGAGGGUUGGCACAAUUUUCACCACACCUUUCCAUGGGACUACAAAGCGUCAGAGCACACGUUAUUCAUGAACGCUACCACGAAGUGGCUUGAUUUCUUUGCAAAGAUGGGCUGGGCAUACGACAUGAGGUCAACCAAACCAGAAAUGAUACGUACGGUAGCGCUGCACCAGGGCGACGGGUCGCACGCUAUGAACGCGUAUGCGAACGAGAUUUCGUACGAUGAGUUCCAGCGAAAAAUAAAAGAAAGUGAUCGAUAGUCACGGGUAUUAACGCAUUUUGAAGACUGAAAAUAGAAAUAAACUUCACUUUUACUUAACAAUUGUAAAUGAUGUUUUCAUAAUUU